GCUAGUGAAAAUGUUCAGUGUCGGGAGGAGUGUCUUGUGGGAGGAACAGAAAGGAAGUCAGUGUAACUGGAUCGCAGAGUAUAUUAAAGAGAAUAAAGCAUAGGAAGCCCGGAAAGGAAGUGACGCUUUACAGAGUUCCGGCUUCGGCCUUCUCCGCCGCCGCCGCCGCCACUGCGGGUUGUUAUUCCUAAAAUGGCGCCCCUGGACUUGGACAAGUAUGUGGAGAUCGCGCGACUCUGCAAGUAUCUGCCGGAGAACGACCUGAAGCGAUUAUGUGACUACGUUUGUGACCUCCUGUUGGAAGAGUCAAAUGUUCAGCCAGUGUCUACACCGGUCACAGUUUGUGGAGACAUACACGGACAGUUCUAUGACCUUUGUGAACUCUUCAGAACUGGAGGUCAAGUUCCAGAUACAAACUACAUAUUUAUGGGCGAUUUUGUAGACAGAGGUUACUACAGUUUGGAGACCUUCACUUACCUUCUUGCACUAAAGGCUAAAUGGCCUGAUCGCAUUACACUCUUGCGAGGAAAUCACGAGAGUAGACAGAUAACACAGGUUUAUGGAUUUUAUGAUGAGUGCCAAACCAAAUAUGGGAAUGCUAAUGCUUGGAGAUAUUGUACCAAAGUCUUUGAUAUGCUCACAGUAGCAGCUUUAAUAGAUGAGCAGAUUUUAUGCGUCCAUGGUGGUCUCUCUCCAGACAUCAAAACACUGGAUCAAAUCCGAACCAUUGAAAGGAAUCAGGAAAUUCCUCACAAAGGAGCAUUUUGUGAUUUGGUGUGGUCAGAUCCUGAAGAUGUAGAUACUUGGGCAAUUAGUCCUCGGGGAGCAGGUUGGCUUUUUGGAGCAAAGGUCACAAACGAGUUUGUUCACAUCAACAACUUAAAACUCAUCUGCAGAGCACAUCAACUGGUACAUGAAGGGUAUAAAUUUAUGUUUGAUGAAAAGCUGGUGACAGUAUGGUCAGCUCCCAAUUAUUGCUACCGUUGUGGAAAUAUCGCCUCAAUCAUGGUCUUCAAAGAUGUAAAUACAAGAGAACCAAAGUUAUUCCGGGCAGUUCCAGAUUCAGAACGUGUAAUUCCUCCUAGAACAACUACGCCGUAUUUCCUUUGAGGCCUUCGCCCAUCCUGCUGAUCCCUUUUCCUACCCUCCCCCAAAUUCCUUGUAUUUACCCCUCUACAAUAUACUUUUUAUUGAGCACUUUGCUGCUGAAAUGCUGCCUCUUGCCUCCCCUCCCCCCUUUUUUAUUUUAAAUUAUCUAAAUUUAUUGUGUAUUAUGGUGUCUAUAGCAAUGUUUCUCUAUUGAUUUCCUCCCCAUUUCAUCCUCCACCUUGGACUUAUUUGCAAAGACUUUGAGAAAUGUCUUAACAUCCAUACUGCUGCAUGUAGUUCUUGCUUAUUACUGGUUUGGGGGGAAGCAGGACAUUUUUCCUUUUUUAAAAAAGCAAAUUGGAAAGAACAGAUCACACCGAAAUAUUCCCCUCCUCUUGUAUUGUUCAGCUUUUUUUUUUUUUUAAGUUUGGUAAGUUUUAAGAAAUUUCAGCAGCAAAGUUAUUAUUCAGUGGGCACGAUGGACUGUAAAAUGCCUUUGCGUUGUGUACACCUGUCCCAGCUGUAAACAUUGUCCUUUGUUGGAUGAUAUUUUAAGUGGCUAUAAAAUAAAUUGGUCGAAAGGGC